CAACCUGGUGCUGAAUGAUUUCCUUUCAUUCGAUUGCCGGGGUCCGGAUAUCUCUCGGUUCCUUUUUAUAGCCAGUUAACUUUCCACGCUCUUGGGGUUUGAAGAUGUUUUCUUUCCCUUCCCGCUCUCAACUCUCCUCUCCCUUCAACAACUCUCGCUCGGUCUCGGUUCCACUGACAUGUCCCUUUCCCCCGCCCACGCUUCCUUCCUCUGCUCGCUGCGUCGGGUGAAUCCUAAAGACUUCUCUGAGAGUAGCGGCUUCUGGGCUCUGGGGAAGUCCGGCUCACGGGCUGUGGCAUCACGGAAACUUCCCCGAGACAGGCAACAUAAAGUGGACCAAGCAGACUUAGAGCACACACACAGUGCCCGAGACAGAGAGGGAGAGAGAACGGAUAGCAGCGCAGCGGCCAAGGAGCUUGGAGUUAUGGUUCAGGACGAUUUGAAAGAGGUGACUGUCACAGAGACUCACAGCAAAUGUGAGUCUCAGCAGCCCCAAGGAGAGAACCAGACCAAGUGCCAACGCCGCCUCCUCUUUGCAGUCCUUGCCUCUGUCCUUCUGCUCUUUGUCACCAUCGCCGGCCUUCUCUGUGCCUUUUGCUUCAUUAUCUAUCCCGGGAUGUCUGCAGAGUCCAGAGUCGUCAGAGCCAAAUAUGCUGCACAUCUGUUGGCACAAAUCGAUUACAACAAAACAGUUACAUGGGCUGCAACCAAUGGACUGGGAAAUAGUUACCUGGGUUCUGGCUUCCGUUUCGACAACCAGGAGCUACACAGCACGAGGGGUGGGAUGUACUACGUAUAUGCCAAGCUGAAAGUGAUAUGCUCUGUGGCUAACCAAUGCCACAAGAGUACACCCAUCAAGUUGGAUGUUUCCCAUUGCACUGGGACUAAUGAAUGUGCCCCCAUUCUGAGCAUGGAGGUGAAGAUGUUGUCGGAAGCAGAGGAUGCAUUCGAUCAGUCCAGCACACUAGUCCACAUCACAGCCAAGAGCUGGCUUCAAGUUAAAAUCCAGGGACUGGAGCAGAAGUACAUCACCCUGGAUCAUGAACACAUAUAUUUUGGUGCAUUCCUGAUAGGAAAUUAGAAUCUCAUCCAUCUGCACACUAGCAGCACUUUAACAAGCCUCAUGUAUCCUGGAAAGACAAUUUAUGUAGUGUACAAGGACUGGCCAUGCUACUGGUGCGAGUUAUUUAUUGUUACGCGGUUCCCCUCCUACUAUGUGCUUGGUUGAUUCAUUUGUUUGGGACAAAGGGCGUUUGCUUAUGUCUCACUACACUAUUUAUACAUUAGCAUUCGGUCCCUGAGGUACAAUGUUUCAAUCAGCAAGAAUGGGGUGACUGGACAUGUUAAAUGUCCUUGUUGUCUGAUGUUCAGAUCACAAUAUUCCCAAUGUGGGAUUCUUUAACUAAGCCUCUUUUCUGAAGAGGUGAAAUAUUUAUCAUAAAUAUUGUAUUGUACGGUUUGGUGAAGUGCCGUUCCUUGAGUCUGUUUCACUAUUAGGAAGAAAAGGAAAGAUAAGUCAUGUUAACAUCAUCCUACAGCAGUGAAUUAGUGCAAACAUACAGCCUCCUCAUAAGAAAGCUCAUGAUAGUCUAAGUUUAAGAUGAAAGGAAAUUGGUGGACAAGCUUUCAUCUGUGGCCCCAAUCCAGCACUGAUUGUAAUAGUCUGUGAGCAGCUUACUUGGUUAUUCCCUUAAUAAAAUAACAAUACCUAAAAAGAAUUGUGAAUAUAAGAGUUGAUGACACUCAUAAGAGCUGAGUACAUCAAUACUUCAGAGGGGAUAGACACAGAAUGCUGGAGAAACUCAGCGAGUGCAGCAGCAUCUAUGGAGCGAAGGAAAUAGGCAACGUUUCGGGCCGAAACCCUUCUUCAGACUGAUGUAGGGUGGUGACUACCCCAGAGGGGAUAGACACAGAAUGCUGGAGAAACUCAAAGGGACAGGCAGCAUCUCUGGAGAAAAGGAAUAGAUGACGUUUCGGGUCGAGAACCAUCUUCAGGUUUGACCCGAAACAUCACCCAUCCCUUCUCUCCAGAGAUGCUGCCUGUCCCGCUGGGUUACUCCAGCAUUUUGUGUCUACCUUUGGUUUAAACCAGCAUCUGCUGUUCCUUCCUACAUACUUCAAAGGAGCAUCUUUGGUCCUCUGGAAUAAUCUGGGUUGCCAUGGAUACUCUUGUCAUGAUGGUGUCAUUCAUCUCUCUGUGCAUGUGUAGGAGUCUGCGAUACUCCAGCAUUUUGUGUGUCUCUCCUCUCCCUGUGAAGAGGGUUUCAACUUUGUAACUCUCCUGAUUUGCAGAAAUUAAAAGAAUUAAAAAGAGAGCUGGCGACUGGAGCACUAUGCAGUCCUCACGUACUUAUGAAACAUUGUGAGGAUCACUGUCUAAAUCACUGUGUGGUCCUGGAGUUGUUACCUAUUUCCAUUGGAAUGAUGCUAUCACUUCACAUUUACAGAAAAGUUAAUGGAAUAUUUUCAUUUGAAUGUAAUUUAUUUGCACUAAUGUUUUGCUUGUGAUUAUGAGAUAAAUA